AUGACAAUAGGAUCGGGAGAAGCGCCAGCAAACGAUCCAUUGAUGCCAGACUACGAAGAUCCGGACACGCACGAAAAGCGUUCAGGACAAAUAUUGUGGGUGCGUGGCCUAACCCGACUACAGACACAGCUUAUAAAGGCAGUGAUUGCAACGAAAGUCCAUAUAUGGCAGUGGAUUGAAAAUAUGAAUCUAAUGAAGAAAACCUAUCAUAAAGCGGAAGAAAAACCUGCUGACACACCUCUUUUUUGCAUAUACAUUGCCCUGACAAUGUCCAGUACUACUAACCUUGAUAAGACAUAA